GUAUGGGGAGAUAAUUUCCACGCGUUUUCCAAAAAGUAAUUUAAAUUUUUGUAAAAAAUUAUUUUCAGUCAGGAAUGUUGAAUGAACUUGAAGCGUUAUUUAUUGAAUGUAGUUAGUAAAAGUGAAGGGGGAGUGUGUUUAUUUCUUACAUCUGCUUUACUUACUACAAGACUGAUUAUUAAAGGAAUGUACAUGUAUCUUCCUGUAGAAGUAACACGUAGUAGACAAAACUUCGAGAACGUUUAUCAGUCUUCACCUGCAGGAGCUUAUACAAACUAUGUGAGUCCCCUACCACAUGCACAAUACAAUCAGAACCUUCUUCAGUCACUACCUACCAGUAAUACAAAACCAGCACAGAGAGUUAUACACAGUGUACUGGGAUAUGCAUGUCCGUCAUUGUAUCCACAAAUACCACCACCAACCGCUGCGGGAAUUGCCUGUCUGAAAGAAAGCAUACGUACAGAUAUUUUACAAAAACUGAACCAUUCCAGUUUUUCUAGCAGUUCAAGUUCUUCCCCCCUUGGUCCAACAGACAUGAAUAAUCAAAGUUUUCAUCACGAUUCUCAAUCUCCAGUCAACUGGAACUCACAACUGGGAAAGCGAGGUAGAUAUGGAGAUACACCAGAAACAAGUAGUUCUAAAAAAGCUAAAAUGAAAGGAAAAAAUGAACAGGAAUCACGAAUCGAAUCCCCACAUCAUAUGGCUUUAGGUGGUGCAUUACCAGAGGUUACCAAUUCUAUAUGGCGUUACUUUUUACAAAAUCAACAGUCAGAGGAAGUAUAUCAAAAGAAAAUAUUAUUAAGAAAAUGUCUGUAUGCUGUAUUACAAGGUGUAUUUCCAUACUGUGGUUUAUAUAUUGUGGGAUCUUCUAUGAAUGGUUUUGGUAAUACUAGAAGUGAUAUGGAUCUCUGUCUCAUGGUGUCUAAUAAAAUUAUUGAUCAGAAACGUGAGGCUACAGACAUAUUAUUUAAUAUCCACAGAGCGUUAAGAAAAUGUUCAUUUAUCUCCAAUGCAAAUGUAAUCCGAGCCAAAGUUCCUAUUUUAAAAUUUCGAGAUAAAAUCAGUACGGUAGAUUGUGACCUCAAUAUUAAUAACUCUGUUGGUAUCAGAAAUACACAUCUUCUGAAAUAUUAUGCCUGCAUGGAUUGGCGGGUGAGACCUUUAAUGUUAUUUAUAAAACACUGGGCUAGAUAUCAUGAUAUCAAUGAUGCAAGGAAAACAACUAUAUCUAGUUAUUCAUUUGGUUUAAUGUUAAUACAUUAUUUACAAGAUGGUUGUGAUCUUCCUGUAUUACCAGCUUUACAUAAAUUUCAUCCUGAAAUGUUUUCUUCAACAUCUGAUAUCCGUCAACUUAAACUCAAUGAAAAUCUUAAGUUUGAAACAAAAAAUAAUCAGUCAUUAGGAGAAUUAUUCCUAGGAUUUCUAGAUUAUUACAGUAAUAAAUUUGAUUAUGAGAAUUUUGCCAUCAGUGUAAGAUUAGGAAGUAAAAUUCCUAAACGUGUGAUAGCUCAACAGACAGAUAAUAUUCGACAGUGGAAAUAUCUGUGUAUUGAAGAACCAUUUGAUUUAUCUAACACAGCUAGAGCAGUAUAUGAUGAUUAUGCUUUUAUCAGGAUUCGUAGAGUGUUCCGUGUCAGCUUUCAUAAACUCAAUCAAAAGAAACAUAUUGGUGCUAUUCUAAGUCAACCAUUUUGAGUGCUAAUAAUUAUACAGCCAGGAAAGUGACAGUAUAUCCAAGUAUUGUUCACUAACAAUUGUGUGUGGUGUUUUCGAGAACAUGGAUUUUGGAAUAAAAGACAUUUUUAAUGAUUCAAUAGAAAUUAUUAUGUUUUAGUAACAAUUUAUUCAUUUCACAGAAAAAGAAAUAAGUCUUAUUCCAGAUGUUUAUAAAGUAGAUUGGGUGUAGUUCAAGUAUUAUUUUGAAGAAUACUCAGGAUAUAGUCAUGACUUGCUAAUUCUGUAAUUUAAAGCUUAGAUUUUGUUAAAUACAGUUUCAGAUUAUGUUAUGAAGAGAGGAUGAAGGAUUUUGCAGUAAUUUUGACAUGGGUAGGGUGAUAAAUAGAUAAAUAAUAAAAAACUUUUUUAAUUAUGUGCUGCCUUGAACUGAAAUAAAAUUUCAAGAUCUAAUUUUGUAGUAAUAAAUUACUCUCUUAAAAUGAGUGCAAUUAGUUAGAAUUGAUGUAUCUUAGUCCUUAAUGUGUACAAUAUGCUGAUGUGUUAAACGAAAGAUAAGAAAGAUUUUAACAGUUGUGCAGGUAGGAUUAUCAUUUUAUCAUCUACAUUUGUAUUAUAUUUCCUUCAUUUGAAAGAAAUUACUUAAAGCUGCAUUAGGUAAGAAUAAGUGAUGUGUGGUUUUUCGGUUUAACCGCACGGUAUCGGUUUUUACAUGUAAACCGAACUGAUAAAAAAAAAAAUAACCGUGCGUUUCAGUUUAUUUUUGUUCCAAAUUCCUCAUUUUUAAUUUACCUGUUUUUCGUUUCGGAAAUGUUUGAAAAAUUCCUAAUUUUUAUGUAACCGUACUUCGUUUACUUGAUAAUUCCAAAAUUUUAAUGUAGCCAACACUUUCGUUUUUAUUUUCGAUCAACCAGACCCCCUAUGUAUAGAGUGUUUAAUAAGUCUGGAUGGCCUAGACUAUUUAUUUUCUCAGUUCGGUUCAGUUUAUAAUCCAAACUUUUAUGCAAGCCUAAGCCGGUUGUCAAUAACGCACGAUGGCUUCCUCUAAAAGUAAAAUGUCUCCAUGGCUUGCUCACUAGGAAAGAUUAGAUGACACAAAAUGUAGAUGUAAUCUUUGUAAAAAACAUAUUUCUGCUGCAUCUUUUUUUACAGUAACUUUAUUGUUAUUGGUAAUAUGUCGUUAUAUUAAUUUAUUAUUAUAGUGUUGUGUUUGACAAAGUUUGUCAGAUUUUUUUUAUUGUAACUUUGUUUUUACUAUUCAUAAUUAAAGUCAUAUAACAGUAAAAAAAACUCUUUGUUUACAAUUUACAUCAAUAUGUUUGUUGAUAUCUUUUCUAGCUUCCAAGUAUUCCUAUAAAAUAACCAUAAAUCAGUACAUUCAUAAUACAGUGUUUAAAUGAAUAAAAAAAACGAAAACCGAAACCAAGGUUUUUUGCCACCGAAAACCGAAACCGAAAGAAAAAUUAAAAACCGCACAUCACUAGUAAGAAUAGAUAAAGAGUUGACAGUUCUCGCUAUAAUAGUUAAAAACCUAGAUAACUGCGAUGCAAUUAUAGUCUAGCCUCAAUUGUCAUUACUACCGUUGUUAAGAUAAUAAACAAAGUCUUGAUUAUCCAGUUUUACGGUAACUGCAUCGAUCACAAAACAUACUUAAAUCUACUUAUAUCGCAGCCAUCCGAUGGCAUUGAGAGUUGAUUAUGGUCUUGGUAAAUUGAUUAAUGUCUAAUUAAUAAUUUAUAUAACAUUUCAGGCCUAAAGAAAGACCUGCAAUAGGCAAAUUUAGCUCUUGCAUAAUGCCUGUUUAAUUUACAAGUAGUAGUUGUUGAUAACUGGGAUUUGGACAAUUGAAAAAUAAGUAGAGGACUGAUCAGUGAAGAUUUCAGUUUGACAGAAAUUUUCUGCCAGUCCUAUUAUAAUUUCAGACUUUACAUAUUCUUUUGGAUGAAUAUGGGAUAAUAAUCUGAUAAAAAUAUAAAAAUUUAGACACAAGAGACUCUUUAUAUCCUGACAAUUUGUACUAAUACUACUAUACCAAAUAUUAUUGCAUAGAUGACUAUAAAUUAGUAUAAAUAUGACGUAUGCAAUGGAAUUAAUAUUAAAUGUCAUUAAAGUGAAGAAAGUGAUAUGAAAGUUUGUAUGUAAAUAUUAGAUUAUGCAUUCAUUGAAUGAGAGUAGAGUAUGUUUUUAUUUUAAUAAUUAUUUAUAUGAUAAAUCUUGGCAAAAACAGUAAAAGAUAUUUUGUAAAUAUUUUCAUUUUCUUUGUCAUGUAUAUAAAUUAUGAAAAUACCCCAAAAAAUAUUUCAUGAUAAAAAAAAUAUUUUGAUAAAAAAAAAAAUUACUGAUAGUUUAUGGUAUCUAUAUUUCUUUUUAAAGUUCAGUAUAUUUAAAUAGUGCCAGCAAUGUAUCCAUUUUAUAUAUCAUUUGAAGUUUUUGAAUAUUUUGGCCAGUCUGAAAUACAUUUGUUAAUUUCAGUGUAAAACCAGGUGCUCAGUAUUUUCUAAACAACCCAUAUUUCCACAUAAAAUCUCAGUCUGUUUAUAUCCAGUUCUAAUUGCUAAUGGAUGAAUGUAUCCAAUUUGGACAAUGUAAAUAAAAGGCAGAAGUGUAUAUAUUUCUGUGUUCUAUAUUGUUCUAUAUUGUCUAGUUUUGUGCUUUGUUCAUAUGUUUGUAUUUAUUCUGUUAAUAAAAUU